AUGACUAAACAAGACGAUCCAUUGUCGACUGGUCCAUUGACACUUAAAUUUACUGGUGUUGAUGAAGAAACAACAUCCGAUGAUGAAGAAGAAGAAGAAGAAGAAGAAAAAGAAGAAAUUGAAGAAAAAAAUGUAAUUCCAAUACAUACACCAGAUUCUGCUCUAUGUACACGUAAUGGAAAUACGCAUAACCUUACUAUUAAUAAUUGUUAUGAAAAUAAUUAUGGAAGUCAUCGCCGUAAUCAAUCAACAUCAAUUCCAUAUAAAAUAUAUUUUGAACAUCGUGAACGUUGUUGGACAUUUAUACCGAAUACAGAUGUAAUUGUUGUUAAUGUUGCUGUUAGUCGUGAACAUCAUUUUCGUCUUAAUCCAUUUUUAUAUACAAUAACACUAAGACAUGGUGAAUUUAAUUGGACAAUAACAAAAAAAUAUAAAGAUUUAGUUAUAUUUUUUGAACGUAUGAAUGUUUUUCAAAAAACUGCUGCUUUACCAUUUCCGACCACAUCACAUCGUGAAAUUCGUCGUCAGAUGUCACAUUCACAUGCUAUACAAGGUCUUACACUUAAACCUGAUGUGCUUGUUGAUGAUAAUGAUAUUAAUGAUCGAGAAAAACUUGUAGCUGACAAAUUAUAUUCCAUUGUAAAUCAUCCAGUUCUUUCACUGCAUAAUGAAUGUAUAAAAUUUGUUGAAUCAUCUCCAUUAUCAUUUAUACGUGAAUUAGGUCGUAAAUAUAAAGAAGGUAUUGUAAAAAAAAAUUCAGGUGGUUAUAGACAAGGUUGUUGUGGUAGUAUUAGUGCACGUAUAAAAUGGCUUAAACGUUGGUUAAUAACAAAAGAUUCAUGGAUUGCUUAUUUAAAUCCUAAAACAGGACAUGUACGUGCUGUUAUGCUUGUUGAUAAAUUUUUUCAUGUACGAACUGGUCGUGUUCAUACUGGUUCAGUUAGAAAAUUAUAUAUUUCUAAUUUAGCACGUCGACUUUAUUUAAAUUGUCCAACUGAACGUAAAGCAAUUGAAUAUUUUGAUGAUAUAAAUCGAAUGUUAAAAACAACUGGUCGAGAUUUUCAUAUUGAAAAACGAUUUAAUUCAUUUGCACCUAUAAGAGUAAAUACAAAAUGUCAAUGGCUUGUUGAUGGUUCAGAUUAUAUGGAAGCUGUUGCUUAUGCAAUUAAAUCUGCUACAGAAGAAAUUUAUAUAACUGAUUGGUUUCUUAGUCCAGAAAUUUAUCUUAAACGUCCAGCUUUAUCUGAUGAAUGGCGUUUUGAUAAAAUGUUAGAAAAAAAAGCGAAUGAAGGUAUACGAAUAUUUGUUUUAUUAUAUAAAGAAGUUGAAUUAGCUAUUGGAAUAAAUAGCUCAUAUUCAAAAAGAAAAUUACUUCAAGCACAUCCAGAAAAUGUUAAAGUUCUUCGUUAUCCUGAUCAUACAGGACAAAAUGCUGUUUUAUUUUGGGGACAUCAUGAAAAAUUAGUUAUUAUUGAUCAAAGUAUUGCAUUAUUUGGAGGUUUCGAUUUAUGUUAUGGUCGAUGGGAUAAUUAUCAUCAUUUAUUAACUGAUUUUGGAAGUGCAUUACCAAUGAAACAUCAUGCAACUCAAAAUGUACCAAGGACACAUAGUGUUCCAUUACAUGAUAAAGUUCAGUGUUGCAAUAAGAAGAAGAAUAUUCAUUCGAUUUCAGCUACCAGGCCAUAUGAAAUAUUGCCUAGUGGCGGCAGAUUCAAUAGUCGGGUAGUUUCCCGACAAAUCAAUCAAAUGAUUCAAUCACCAGUAUCGAUUGAUGCACUUGACCUUGAUGGUGCGACAUGUAAUCGUUUUAUAAAUGCAAAUGAUCAUAUUGAACAAACAACUGAUCGAACUCCAUCUCCAUCAUCACGUCCAAUAACUACUACUACUGAUGCAUUUUUUCCAUCAAAAAUUGCUCAAUUUCGUAGUGAAUAUCAUCUUAAAGAUCAUCUUAAAGAACCACAUUCAUUUGGUUCAAUUUCAUAUAAUAUAAAUGAUAAUUCUGUUUCAUUAUCAUCAAAUCGUUCAAUGUCAAAAACACUUAAUAAUGAUCGAACAUCUGAUACAAUUGAUCGAAUAAUAAAUCCAACACGACGUUUUUCAUCGUCAGAUAUUGAUCAACAAUCUGUUCAUCUUUUGGAUACACUACAACAUAGACAAUUAAUUGAACAACAAAAAAAACGUCGUAUUUAUCAUUUUAAUCAUACACUUUUUUCAAAUAUAUAUAAACGUACACAUCGUUUAUCAUCAGCUGAUUCUCAUAUGUAUUUAAGUUCGAUACAAAAUCGUGAACGUCAUACACGUCGUCGACAUCAAAGUGUUAGAGAUUCAGAUAUGACUGAUCAACAUACAACAUCAGAUAGUGUUUAUAGUCGAGCAUUAGAAAAAUAUAUUCUUAAUCACGAAGCAGAAGAACAAGAAGAAGAAAAUAACGAAGGACAACAACAUCGAAGAUAUCGAACAUUACUUUCUCUAUCUGAUGGAGGAACUCGACGAAUAUCAACUGCUGCAUCAUUACGUCAUAGACUUUCUUCACAUGGUAAUACAUCUGAUUUACAAGUUGAAAAUAAACAACAACAAUUAAAAAUGACAAAACUAAAUGCUGAAUCAAAUAAUCGUGGAAAAAAACUUUCAUUUCUUUUACCACGUCGAAGAGCAAGUUAUUAUCCAGAUGAUACAUCAAAUGUUUUAUCGGAUGAGCAAAAAAAGAAACGAGAUGUUAUAUGGCCACUUAAACGAUCUUACUCAUUUGAUACACCUUUUCAUCGUGAAACAAUUGACGCUUUAAAUAAAGAACAUAACUAUUCUCCAACCGAGACUUACAGUGGAUCACGAUGGGAAAGACUUAAACUUGGUAUUCAAUCAAAAAUAAAUCGUUUUACAAAAUCAACUGAAGAUGUUUCAACAUUAACACUUACAUCAAUGCCUAGAAGAAAUUCAACUGAAACACAACCAAUAUCAACAUCACAUCGUCAUAUUGGUAUUAAUGUUGGUCCAACACUUGAUCGUAUACGUUUACGUGAUAAAAUUCGUCGUGUAAAAUUAAAUAUAAAAACAACUUGGAAACAACGUUCAGAUUUAAAUGAAUCUGAUCAAUCUGAUAUUGAUAAUAGUGAUUAUUAUCGUGAUUCAUUACAUGAUGAUAUGAGUUCAUUUAUUGGUUCAUCAAGAAGAUCGACAACAAAUCAACUUGGUUUACAAGGUUCAUCAAAAUUAUGGUUUGGUAAAGAUUAUGCAAAUUUUUUACUUCGUGAUUUUCGUAAUCUUGAUCAACCAUUUCAAGAUCAAAUUGAUCGAAAUACAACACCACGUAUGCCAUGGCAUGAUGUUGGAGCUCUUGUAUAUGGUGCUUGUGCACGAGAUUUAGCAAGACAUUUUAUUGAACGAUGGAAUUUUGUAAAACUACAAAAGGCUAAAGAUAAUGAACGUUAUCCAUUUUUAUUACCAAAAUCUUAUGGUAGUUAUACACCAUGUCCUAAACUUCUUUCGAAUACAUUUAAUUGUUCAACACAAGGAUUACGAAGUGUUGGUCCAUGGUCAACAGGUAGAAAUGAUACAGAAGAAUCUAUACAUAAUGCUUUUAUUGAUAUAAUAACAAAAGCUAAAUAUUAUAUUUAUAUUGAAAAUCAAUUUUUUGUUUCAUUAAUUGAUGAUUCAACUGUACGUAAUGGUAUAGCUGAUGCUUUAUUUAAACGAAUAUUACGUGCACAUCAAGAAAAAGAAACAUUUCGUGUUUAUAUUGUAAUGCCAUUAAUACCCGGUUUUGAAGGACAAUAUGGUACAUCGAAAGCUACAGCAUUACAAGCUAUAACACAUUGGAAUUAUCGAUCAAUAUCUCAAGGUCAACAAUCAUUAUUAGCUCGUUUAGCAAAAGAAGUUGGUGAUCCACAUCGUUAUAUAUGUUUUUUUGGUUUACGUACAUGGUCUGAAAUGAAUGGACGUCUUGUAUCAGAAAUUGUUUAUGUACAUAGUAAAUUUGCCAUAGUUGAUGAUAAUCGUGUAUUAAUUGGAUCAGCAAAUAUAAAUGAUAGAAGUUUAAUUGGUGAUAGAGAUUCUGAAGUAUCAGUUUUAUUUGAAGAUACAGAAUUUGUACGUGGAAUGAUGAAUGGACAAAAUGUUCAAGUUGGAAAAUUUGCAAGUGGUUUACGUAAAAGAUUAUUUCGAGAACAUUUAGGAGAUUUUGAUGGAACACAAAUAAAUUAUCAAGAUCCAAUAUCAGAUUCAUUCUAUAAAGAUACUUGGUUAUCAACAGCAGCAAGAAAUACAACAAUGUUUGAAAAGAUAUUUAAUUGUAUUCCAACUGAUUCCGCAUUUACAUUUUCUCAAUUACGUGAAAUUCAAGCAGCUUCAAAACUUUGUGAAACUAAUCCUGAAGAAGCACGACGUUUACUUCAAUCGAUACGUGGUUAUUUAGUAUUAAUACCACAUAAAUUUCUUUCAAAAGAAUAUCUUGGACCACGAUUACCAGCUAAAGAAAUUUUAGCACCAUCAUGGUUUUGGACAUAA